AGCUGGUGUAUCCAAAUGACUUCCGGCUCACAGACAAGGAGAAAAGCAGCAUCUGCUACCUGUCUUUUCCCGACUCACACUCAGGCUGCCUUGGAGACACUCAGUUCAGCUUCCGCAUGCGCCAGUGUGGAGGGCAGAGGAGCCCCUGGCAUGCCGACGAUAGGCACUACAACAGCAGGGCCCCCGUGGCACUGCAGAGGGAGCCGGCGCACUACUUCGGCUACGUGUACUUCAGACAGGUGAAGGACCGCUCCGUGAAGAGGGGCUACUUCCAGAAGUCAGGCCGUUCUCGGGGCAGCUGUCCUGCGGAGCUGGUGGGACAUGCUACCCUGGGCCAGCUCCAGUCUUUGGUGCUGGUGUCCCGCCUGCCCUUUGUCCGGCUGUUCCAGGCGCUGCUAAGCCUCAUUGCCCCUGAGUACUUUGACAAGCUGGCGCCCUGCCUGGAAGCAGUGUGCAGUGAGAUCGACCAGUGGCCGGCGCCUGCACCUGGGCAGACCCUGAACCUACCUGUCAUGGGCGUUGUUGUCCAGGUGCGCAUCCCAUCCAGGGUGGACAAGUCCGAGUCCAGUCCUCCGAAGCAGUGUGAUCAAGAGAACCUGCUGCCAGCCCCAAUGGUUCUUGCUAGCGUCCACGAGCUGGACCUGUUCAGGUGCUUCCGGCCCGUGCUGACUCACGUGCAGACACUGUGGGAGCUUGUGCUCCUUGGGGAGCCCCUGCUGGUCCUGGCACCCUCGCCCGAUGUGUCCUCAGAGAUGGUGCUGGCCUUGACCAGCUGCCUACAGCCCCUCAGGUUCUGCUGCGACUUCCGUCCCUACUUCACCAUCCAUGACAGCGAGUUCAAGGAGUUCACCACACGCACGCAGGCCCCACCAAACGUGGUCCUGGGAGUCACAAACCCUUUCUUUAUCAAAACACUCCAGCACUGGCCCCACAUCCUCCGAGUCGGGGAGCCCAAGAUGUCAGGAGACUUUCCUAAGCAAGUCAAGCUGAAAAAGCCUUCAAGGUUGAAGACCCUGGACACUAAGCCAGGCCUCUACACCGCGUACACAGCCCACCUCCACCGCGACAAGGCGCUGCUUAAACGGCUGCUCAAGGGCGUGCAGAAGAAGCGGCCGUCAGAUGUGCAGAGCGCCCUGCUGCGGCGGCACCUCCUGGAGCUCACCCAGAGCUUCAUCAUCCCUCUGGUGAGGCACAGGGCGGUCAGCCCCGGGGCCCUGCCUGUCAAUCCCCACAGGCGGUUUUUCAAGUCCCCCCAUUUUGACGGCUGGUACCGGCAGCGGCACAAGGAGAUGGCCCUGAAGCUGGAGGCCCUGCACCUGGAGGCUAUUUGUGAGGCGAACAUCGAGACCUGGAUGAAAGACAAGUCCGAGGUGGAGGUCGUGGACCUGGUCCUGAAACUUCGUGAGAAGCUGGUGCGGGCUCAGAGCCACCAGCUCCCUGUGAAGGAGGCAACACUGCAGCGGGCCCAGCUGUAUAUCGAGACGGUCAUCGGCUCCCUGCCCAAAGACCUGCAGGCCGUCCUGUGCCCUCCCUAGGACAGAGCCAAGGGCCACGGUCCCAGGGCCCUAGGUCUGCCUGAGCCUCCUGCUCCCCAGUGGCGGCGGCACUGGGCCAAGCACACGCUCCCCUUCCUUGGCCCCCCGCCCAGACUGCAGGCUCCUCCAUUGUCUCAGCAGUAAAGGCGACAUUUGGAACCACA